GUAAAAUUCGAAACCUUGAUAGAAAGAAUAUGGCAGCUCUCUCUCGGGACACGUGUUUCUGUAUAAAAGAAGUGUUUCUGUAUAAGCAUUCGUAUUUUUACUUAUCGGAUUUUCAACGAAUGCAACAACUACAUUUAGAAAAACAGAUCUAAUUGUUAAGACGUAACAAUAUAUAUUUUUAUUACAAGCAAUUUAUUUAAAUAACGUAAUCAUGUCUGCCGAAAAUGCGAGUAAAAAAUUUGCCGGGCAAAAAUCAGAACAAGAAGGUGGUGACCAAAAUUCUAAAGAGGCUUUAAGAUGCAAUUUCCGAAGUGGCUAUAAACGCAAUCAUGAGCAAUUACCAAGAGUAAAUGCAAAGAGGACCAAAUUGGAGAUCGGCAGUAGACUAAAGGAGUGUGACUUAGGGAUUACUGAGUACAUCGGCAAGCACCCUGGCUUUUCUGGAAUAAUUAAGGAGCGAUACACUGAUUUUCAUGUUAACGAGAUAGAUCUCGAUGGACAAGUGGCCAAGCUGACUCACCAGAACAUUCCAAAUGAUCCGGAUAAUAAUGUAAAUAUCGAGGAUCUAAAAACAAAGGUUUCUCCAGAAGUAUGGGAUCAACUUCAAGUUCUGAAGGAAAAUCCUUCGACUAUACAGAUCGAUGUAACAAAUAUAGACAAAGCUGAGCGCAGGAUUAUUCAUACAAUCGCACAAAAUUUGGCAAAUGUUAUCAGCCAAACAAAAGAUGAAGACAAUAAGAAAUUUAUCACAAUUGUCCCAAAUACUAAAAACAUUAAAUAUGAUCACAACAUACGCAAAGACACCAGAAUAGAUUGGAAGAAACGCGAUGGCGAUUAUUGUCAUUUUCUGUUGCACAAAAUGAAUAUGGAUACAAUCGAUGCUUUGAACCGAUUAGCCUCAAAUAUGCGAAUACGAGUUAACAAUUUUGAUUACGCUGGUACAAAAGAUCGUCGAGCGUGGACGACUCAGUGGGUCAGUUUGUGGAAGGUGGAUGCACGCAACAUAUUGAGAGCUUGUUCAAGUAUACGCGGCUUAUAUGUAGGAAAUUUUAAAUACACUAAGAACAAGUUGAAAUUGGGCAUGCUAAGUGGCAAUCAGUUUAAAAUAGCAUUAAGAAACGUUUGUGGAACAGAUGAAGAGAUCGAGCAAGCAAUGACAUCAUUGCGCGACAAUGGCUUCAUUAAUUAUUAUGGUUUACAAAGAUUUGGUACAGUAGCUUCUAUACCUACGCACGAAAUUGGGAAACGUUUACUUCAAGGUAAAUUUCAUGAAGCGAUUGAGUUAAUUCUGAAACCACGGCCUGGAGAACAGGACACUGAGUUGGCAGAGGCUAGACAUUAUGCGUCUUCAAAAGAUGCUCAUGCUGCUUACUCUAAGAUUCAAAGAAUCGACAAAAUUGAAGCCCGACUUUUGAAAGGUCUACAAACAUCGGGGCAGAAUAAUCCUUUAGGCGCUCUUGAUUAUAUUCCGCGAAACAUUCGGUUAAUGUACAUCCAUGCUUAUCAAAGCUUCGUUUGGAAUCAUAUUGUGUCGAGAAGAAUAAAACAAUUCGGGACAAAUGUAAUUGUGGGUGAUCUAGUUUAUAACAAGAAUAUAACUGAUGAAACUAUGUUAAAUACUAGUGACGAUACUGAAGAAAUCAAUAUUGAGCCAGCAGCAAAUAAACCAAGUGAAGAAAGUUCAGAGCAAAAUUUGUCAAUAGUAAGAAGUCUUACAGAAGAAGAUUUACCGAAUUACACUUUAGCCGAUGUAGUUAUGCCUCAACCUGGAUGGAAAGUUACAUAUCCAUCGUAUGCUAAAGCUUGGUACGAUGAAUUUUUAGCAAAGGACGAAUUAACUACUGAUCUUAAACAAAACAAUAAAAAAUACAGUUUGAGUGGUGCCUAUAGAAAAAUAUUACAAAUCCCGACGAAACUAUCUUGGAAAAUUAUGAAUUAUGAACAAAAGCAUGAUAAUCUUAUUCUCGCAGAUAUUGACGAAAUGAGAAAGCAUGUAACUCCGCAGAAUAAUCCAAAUGGAAAGAACAAGGCAUUAAUCAUUGAAGUAUGUUUAGAAUCCAGUACUUAUGCCACAAUGACACUUCGUGAAAUUUUGAAAAAAGAUACUUCUGCAGAAACACAGGUCGCUUUAUCUGCUUCUUACAAUUCAGAAAAUAGUCCAGUAUAAGCAUUA